GUGUGACAUCCAGCGGAAGUAAACAAUACAAGCGCUAGCGUUAGCUGCACGUUUUGAAAUUUCAUUUGUAAUUAAGCCACAAUGUCUUCAGUUGAGUGUUUGAGAGAGUUCAUCAUCGAGCGACUGACUGCUGCUGCUGAAGAAAUAUUCGGAGUUUUUAGAAAAACUAUCGUCGAGUACGAGGAAGAGAUCUGCCGUCAGCGCAGACUGCUGGAUAUCGUUUGGAAACCCGAAAUAAAGUUACACAGGAUAGAGCUCCCACAGCAACAUGUCUGUAAGGAGGAGGAGGUUCUCGCUGACCAGCAGCUCUGUAUUCAGGAGAGGAACUCCAGUCUGGACCAAGAGGACCCAGAGCCUCCACAGAUUAAAGAGGAACAGGAGGAACUCUGUAGCAGGCAGGAGGGAGAGCAGCUUGUACUGAAGCAGGAGACUGAUACCUUUAUGUUGACUCCUACUUACGAGGAAAGUGACCGCAGUGAACCAGAACCGAAAAGUGACCACCAGCUCGUCUCUCACGACUGUCAUGUAGCUGAGAGCCAAGAUCAGAAAGGAGGCAAGCAUGAAGACUCAGGAUCAACUAGAGAUGAGCUCCCACAGCAACAUGUCUGUGCAGAGGAGGAUGUUCUGGCUGAUCUGCAGCUCUGUAUUCAGGAGAGGAACUCCAGUCUGGACCAAGAGGACCCAGAGCCUCCACAGAUUAAAGAGGAACAGGAGGAACUCUGUAGCAGGCAGGAGGGAGAGCAGCUUGUACUGAAGCAGGAGACUGAUACCUUUAUGUUGACUCCUGCUUACGAGGAAAGUGACCGCAGUGAACCAGAACCGAAAAGUGACCACCAGCUCGUCUCUCACGACUGUCAUGUAGCUGAGAGCCAAGAUCAGAAAGGAGGCAAGCAUGAAGACUCAGGAUCAACUAGAGAUGCAGAGCCAAAACAAAAGAAUCCAGAUCGCAAACGCAGAAGCCACAGUAACACUGUACACAAGUCUGCCAUGUCAGAGAUUCACCGUAAUCCUCACGCAGGUAAAAAGUCUUUAAAAUCUGACACAUUUGGAAAAGAUUUGAAGUAUAAGUCAAGAUUGCAGACACACAUGAGAACCCACACACCUGAGAAGCCAUAUUCUUGCAAAACAUGUGGGAAAGAUUUUAGAGUUAGUGGUCAGUUAAAAGUCCACAUGAGAACCCACACAGGUGAGAAGCCAUACCUUUGCAAGGCCUGCGGGAAAAGAUUCAGUCAGAUAUCAGGUUUAUCAGGUCAUAUAAGAACCCACACAGGUGAGAAGCCAUAUUCUUGCAAAACAUGUGGGAAAGAUUUCAGAGAAAGCGGUCACUUGAAAGUCCACAUGAGAAGAGACCACACAGGUGAGAGGCCGUACCUGUGCCAGACCUGUGGGAAAAGAUUUUGUGAUAUUUCAGCACUGAAAACACACAUGACAAUCCACACAGGUGAGAAGCCAUAUACUUGCAAAAUAUGCGGGAGAUCUUUUAGACAGAGUGGUCACUUGAUAGUCCACCUGAGAAGAGCCCACACUGGUGAGAAGCCGUACAUUUGCAAGACCUGCGGGAAAAGAUUCUGUGACAUGUCAGUAUUGAAAAUACACAUGACAAUCCACACAGGUGAGAAGCCAUAUACUUGCAAAACAUGCGGGAGAUCUUUUAGACAGAAAGGUCACUUGAUAGUCCACAUGAGAAGAGCCCACACUGGUGAGAAGCUGUAGCUUUGUGCGAUCUGCGUGAAAAGAUGUGUUAAUGGUUCCAAUUUGGCACAGCACAGAAGAUCGCAUUCAGGCAAGUAGUCUUGUAUUUGCAAAAUAUGUGGAAGAUGAUUCAGUUCUUGGAGUUUGUGGUGAAAAUACACAAGAACUCAGAAGUGAAGAGCCGUAUUAUUGUAGCACUUGUGGGAAAAGUUACUCAAAUCACAUACUUGAAAAAACGCCUGAGGAUCAAUAUACACAGGAGACACCAUCGAGCUGAAGCUCCUGUGGAGACGAGUUCACCUAUGAAUUAAAUACACUUUUCCAAUAUCUACAUCUAUCAACUGAAUGUAAAAUGUUUUCCAUAAAAUGAGACGUCAGUUUCUUAUUGUAAAGUUUUCCUUCAUAUGACUGUAUUGUUUAUAUUUCUGUUAGCAGCAGUAUUUCUUUGAAACAGUCGUAAUCUCCCAAAUGGAGGAAACAUUUUUAGUAACACUGAGUGCACAGUAGUGGCUGUUCAAGUCACGGUGUGAUCUUGAUUGUUGUUGGUUUUGUCAAAUGUCCUUUUAUGAAGCAUCUCUAAAUGAUUUUUGUUCAAAGUUCAACAAGGACUUAAAAUAAUCCUUCUUACUCAAGUAGUAUUUCAUAUUUAUAUAAGAACUCUCCUGCACAUCUUUGCAAGAAGUCAGAUUUUAGUUUUGAGGCUUACUGACAUCACUGCUUUAUAUUACCAUAUAAGAAGUCUUUUUGGUAUUUUUAUACACUGCCUCACUUAUGUGUUUGACUGAUAGGUGGUUUUUGUGUGAUGACAGAUGAAUAACCGCACACUUUUGCAAUAGGUGCAUUUUUGUUUUUACAUACAUUCCAGUAUAUUUGAGCAACAGCAUUUCUUAGAACAAUCACAGUUCUGUAUCUUGGGAAUCUUUGUUUCACAGUGAGUAGUGGCUGUUAAACUAAUGGUGUAAUGUGGAUGGCCAGUUGUAGUGUGGACGAGCAUUUGUCAAAUGUCAUAAAUGUUUUCAAAAGA